AAAAAUAAAUUUCCUUAUCUAUCAUCAAUCUUCUUCUCCAUUCAAUUCAUUUAUCAUAGUAUAGUAAGUAACCAGAUUCCAGAAAUCUAGCUUCAAGUUUCCCAUAUCAAAAUCCCAUUCAAGAUUUCCUGUUCUACACUUCAAUGGAAGACAAAUGACGAAGCAAUCCAACCCAUGUUUUAUUCCAAUUUUGAAUUCAACUCAAACCCCAGAUCUCGCUUCUUUCUUCUUCCAUUCUUUCUCUUCAUUUCCACCAUGGAAAACAAAUACAAACUCCUCUUAAUCAUAGCCUUGCCUUUCUUAUUCACCAUAGCCGUUUUCUUUUUCGUGAUCUAUUACUGUUACCUUUGUAGAAGAACCCACAAAACAGUCGAAUCAACAACACCCGAUUUAGAAGAAAAUAGAAAGGGAAAAGAAGAAGAAGAAGAAGUAGAAACAGAGGAUUUGAUGAAAUUUCAAGGAGGAGAAGAUCUAACAUCACAUGAUAUACUUGAAGCUCCUGGAGAGGUUAUUGGAAAAUCAAGCUAUGGGACUUUAUAUGAGGCUAAUUUGAUUAGUACUGAAACUGUUGCUGUCCUGAGAUUUCUCCGGCCGGCGUGCGCCGGUAAGCUUAAAGAGGUUGUGCCAUUGAUUCAGUUUCUGGGUUCAGUUAGACAUCAAAAUUUGGUUCCUCUUCAUGCGUUUUACGCUGGACCAAGAGGAGAGAAGCUAUUGGUUUACCCUUUUUUGGGUAAAGGAAAUCUAGAACAGUUCAUUAGAGAUGGGAAUGGAGAUUUCUACAAAUGGGCAAUCAUACAUAAGAUUUCAAUUGGAAUUGCUAGAGGAAUUGAACAUCUUCAUUGUAGAUUGAAGAAGCCUUUAAUCCAUGGAAAUCUAAAAUCCAAGAAUGUUUUACUAGAUCAAAAUUACCAUCCAUUUGUGUCAGAUUUCGGCCUACAUCUUCUUUUGAAUGAAAUGGCAGGUCAAGAAUUGCUUUCAGAAGGAUACAAAGCACCCGAGCUAAUCAAAAUGAAGAAUGCUAAUGAAUCUACUGACAUCUAUAGCCUUGGUGUGAUCUUUCUUGAAUUAGUCACUAGAAAAGAACCCAAAAAGGAGAAUGAUCAUGAUUUCUAUUUGCCAAACAUCAUGAGAGAUUCCAUAUUGAACCAUCCUAUGGGAAAAAACAUAUACAAUUCCUAUAUCAUUCUUGAGGCCGAAGAUAAGGUUCUUGCUUUCGUUCGAUUGGCUUUGGCUUGUUGUUCUCCUUCGCCAUCUCAUCGGCCUGACAUUAAGCAAGUUCUUGAAAAACUCGAGGAAAUUGUUAGGUAAGAUAAUUGUUGAAUUAUUGGAGUUGAAUAUUGAAAAGGAAUACAAUACUAUGAACAUGAUUCUUUCUACAAGUCUUGGGUAUUUUGUUGGAAUCCAAAACAAACCCACAUUAUGUAGGAUCUGACCAGACACGAUAUAACCGAAAACCAUUGAAAGGAUUCAUCGAAAGAUUUCGAAUCCUAGUAUUCUUCAAACCAUUGUUUCAAGUUUAGUAUAAAAGCUUUAUCUUGUAUUGUAAUUGAGUAUACUAGUUUGCAAUUUGAGGCUUCUUUUUUAUUAUA